AUGAAGGCGUCGUCAGUGCAGCAGGCCUUCAAAAGCCUGACAUCACGCAUACACCCCCAGCUGCCACUCUCGGAGCGCGAGUCGCAGCGCUUGCUAAACGCCCUCACGUCGUCAUUCCGCAGCCAGCUGGACCACCACGACGUUUCCGCUUCCACGUCUGCCUCGUGCUUGCCCUCGCCCUCGCCUUCGCCCUCGCAUUCAACUCAGCAACAGCUUCUGUCGUCCAGCUCAGCCACCGACCGCCACCUGGCUUCCAUCUUGACCAACCCGUUGCUUACAAAGCCCGUCCAUCAACAGCUCAAGGCCAAAUCAAAGCAUCCUGUUGCCCUGUUCGAGGACCAAGUCGCCGCUGGACGCGCCACCUUGAAUUCUGCCAGACUGUGCCUCGAUGCUUUCCGCAACUCGCUUUCCGUACUAUCUCCUGCACAGACAAAGGAUCAGAUCAGCCGCUAUGCUGCUGGCACCCGCGCUCUGAGAUGGCUCUGGACCAGUGCUUCGACCCCGUCGCUCUCCUUCACGUUGGAUGCCCGUUUCUGCAAUCACCUGGCCUUCUUUCUCAUCCACGAGGGGAGGGAAAGUGCUCUGUGGGAGUUGAUUGACACCCCUGUCCCGACGUCGGCCAAUCUUUCCUCCAGAGAAGCGAGUAGGCGCAAGGGCUUGUUACUCAACUCCAUGGUCAGGACCCAUCUAUCUGCUCCCGAUCAUGCUCUUGCCUCUGCUCUUUCUGCGUUCUUCCGAGCCCUGGAUACCUCUCACUUGUCCCAUGCCUCCACUUCUCACGCCGGCAGUUACCUGAUCCAAAACCUGGUCAAGCUCACCAUCUCCUCCGCAUCUGAUGUCACCUUAUACGAUCAAUUUGUCGACGCGAUCCCUCGUUGGAACAGAAAGCAUCCGGAUCGCGCUGUUUACAGAAUCGCCAACCUGAAGUUGCAUCACCCCACAACGCCAUCUGCUGACUUUGCUCUGGACUUUAUUCGGGAGCUAAAACCUCUUGCUGCGCAUCCCUUCUUGAGUCCAUCCACCAACUCUCAGAAGUCUACUGUCUUCUCGUUCUUCUUCAACACUGUCAAACUUCUGCAAAAGCAGAAUCGCUUCGACGAUGCUCUGUGGGUCAUGGAAUUCAUGCAGCAAAAGUUCCCGGAGCAGUUCAAGCCACCCAAUUCAUCCACUGCGUCCCAACCAUUCUCUCAAUCUGCAGAGACUGCCUCUUCCCAUUUAAUUUUCCCGGAGUGGAAAGUGCCUGAAUUUGGUUGA